AAAACGCCCGACUGCAGUCUGUUUCACAUCGGUGUAGAUUUAUUAGUUUUAAUACAGAUGAUUUUUGAAGAUUAAUUUCCCAUUUCAAUAAGUUUAACUUUAAGGGUACAUAGGAACACAUUUAACGCUGCAAUAGACGUAACCUGGAACUUCUGGCCACGUCACUGGUUGCUUUUGAUUGGCGAGGGUGUAGUUUUUGCUUACCGUAAUGUGUCGUAAUGAAGAACAGUUUUUUUGUGGGAUAGAAAAGACACAAAGAAAGAGAUAGAAAAUAGUUUUGAGUUACAGCUUCACAUAAGUCCAAACCACUGCGUGUCACAGAAAUAUUUUUGUUCUUCGGAACAAUAUACAAUACAAAGCCCGUCUAUUCAAACUACAAGAUGAUCAGCAACGCUUACAUCAUUUUUGAAAUUUACGGUACUAAAUCAGGAUGCAACAACCCCACUUCCUGUUGAAUUGUCUGUCAACGUGCUGUUAAGAGCUUGCAAGCAAAGUUGCAGUUUUGUAAGAAAAGAAAAGCCAAUUUACUGCUACUACCAGAAAUAUGCCUCUUAAAUUUGAGCUAUGUCCCGGAAGAAUGAUUGGUGGAAGCCACCCAUGUUUCAUUAUAGCAGAAAUUGGACAGAACCAUCAAGGAGAUAUUGAGAUUGCAAAGAAAAUGAUCCGGAUGGCUAAGGACUGUGGAGCAGACUGUGCCAAGUUUCAGAAGAGUGAGCUGGAGCACAAGUUUAACAAACGUGCACUAGAACGACCUUACACCUCCAAGCACUCCUGGGGGAAAACGUAUGGGGAGCAUAAGCGUCACCUUGAGUUCAGUCACGAGCAGUACAGGGAGCUACAGAAAUAUGCAGAGGAAAUUGGCAUCUACUUCACUGCCUCGGGAAUGGAUGAGAUGGCAGUUGAAUUUCUUCAUGAGCUUAACGUUCCCUUCUUCAAGGUCGGUUCAGGGGACACUAACAAUUUCCCAUAUUUAGAAAAGACUGCAAAAAAAGGCCGUCCAAUGGUGGUGUCCAGUGGGAUGCAGUCAAUGGAGACAAUGCGUCGUGUUUACCAAACUGUGAAGGAACACAACCCUAACUUCUGCAUCCUGCAGUGCACUAGUGCAUACCCGCUGGAGCCUGAGGAUGUCAAUCUGCGGGUCAUUACAGAGUACCAGAAGGAGUUUCCAGACAUUCCUAUUGGCUACUCAGGCCAUGAGACGGGAAUUGCGAUCUCUGUGGCAGCUGUGGCGCUGGGGGCCAAAGUGGUGGAGCGUCACGUGACUCUGGACAAGAAGUGGAAAGGCAGUGACCACGGAGCCUCCCUGGAGCCUCAGGAGCUGACGGACUUGGUCAAAGCCAUCCGCACUGUGGAGCAGGCACUGGGCUCUGGCAUCAAGCAGAUGCUGCCCUGUGAGGAGCCUUGCCACAGCAAGCUGGGAAAGUCUGUGGUAGCCAAAACAGCCAUUCCCAAGGGCACAGUGCUGAGCCUGGACAUGCUGGCAGUGAAGGUGGCAGAGCCAAAGGGAGUGCCCCCGGAGGACAUCUUCCAGCUGGUGGGCAAGAAGGUCUCCGCAGACAUAGAGGAGGAUGACAGCAUCACUGAGGACGUUAUUGACAACUAUGGGAAGAAAAUUAAAUGUUGACUGAAUCUAACAUUGGCCAAAUAGCUUUGAUUAAUCAAUAUAUGCUGUAAACAAAACGUUAAACUUGCAUACAUGAGGAGAUUCCGGGAAAGCAAUUUUUAAGGGCAGUUUUGGAAAAAUAUUCCUAAAUUUAUUUCAGUGGAUAAAAUACAGGUGUUAACUUGAAUUUACCUGUGAUUGUAAAAUGGAAAAUAUGUUUAGUUACGUUUCAGGAGAUAUCACUGAUUGGAAUUAAAUGAGUUUUCGUGGAGCAUUGUUUUCUGUGAGCAUUCUAAACUCUUUUGAUGAGCAGCUCUGACUCAUCUUUAUAUAUACACACUACAUAUGGUGCUGCUGCGGCUUUAAAUGAUCUCUUUAUGACAAGACGUCCCUAAAAAAGAAGUUAAAUUUUAGUUUGAUGUUGUACUGUAAGGUAAGCAUGUUUAUCAGGAGAAAAAGUUUGUAAUUUGAUGACUGAAAGUUACAGUAGAUCUCAUACUUUUUUAAUAUGCCAAAAGCACUUGUGCCAAGUUGGAAUUCAUUUUGUCAAUAUUUUGUAUUGAUGAAUAAAACAAUGCCCAAAACUACUUUUGUUUGUGUACUAAGCAGAUGAAUAGACAUAUAACAUUUAAGAACUCUAUUGUUUACAAAUGUUUUUAAAAUAUAAAUCCUUUUGCUAGCCAUUCUGUAAUGUGAUAUUCUGAAAUUAAAAAUGAUGUGGUGAUAAAGAUUGGUGAUAUUAGUGGCAUUUAAAAUGCUUAGAUGAAAUUAGCAGCCUGGACCCUAAAUUUGCAACCCAUUUCUUGCAGGAAACUCUUAUUUACCAGACCCAGAAAGUGGGUUCAUUGAUAGGAUGUCGGACAGCCUGUGCUUCAUGACUGCUCUCAAACUGUGCUGUGUUUAUCCUGUGGGUCUCCUCUUGUUUAGUGUUGUGAGUUUGUUCUUCAGAAAGAUAAGAAAAAAUGAAAACAGUGUGGCAAGUAUUUAAGAAUUUAUUUAUGAGUUUACAAAUUUAAAUACAGACUCCUGAAAGAGAAGCAUUUGUUCCAUAUCUCAAAUUGUACAUGGCCAGUGGUAUUUUGGGAUAAAAUUAAUUCAAUCUUAUUAUUUAUUGCUUGGAUAGAAAUAGUGCUAAACUGACAUAUUUUUUGCAAUAUAAAAAUAUAACAACAGUGCUUAUUAAACAUGAAUAAAGGAGGGUAGAUAUCUUUUGGAAUUUUAAUUACACAUGUGGAGAACAGUAAACAGCCAUGCCUGAAAAUGUUGAAAUAAAAUCUGUCCUGUGA